GUCCAGACCAUCGAGAGGCGCAUCGUGGAGACUGGGCGCGAGCGCAGGAAUGACCCUGCGUUGGAGAAUCAGAUCUCCGCCUAUGUUGGCAGCUUGGCCCAGCAGGAGGUCCGGAGUGAGCUUGCAACUGUGAUUAUUCGAUUGCGCGUUUCCGAGGCCGAAGUCGAGGCUCACCGCGAGAGCGUCGACGAGGACUUCGCUCACGCCCGACAGUUCUUGCACGCCGAGCAGCAGGAGUACCAGCAACCCAUCGCCGAUGCUCGGAGUGAGGCGAUUGUCCACAUCCAAGCAGAGCUCAACGAGUACGUGGUCGAGCGCGAUGCCGCACUCGCCACAGUCGGCGAGAUCCGCGUAGCUGAGUCG